AUGGAUAUUGACGAAGCUCCUGAAUCUUUAAAGAAUAUCAAGCACAUAGUGCUGAUUCUCUCAGGGAAAGGUGGUGUUGGAAAGAGCUCAGUCACCACACAGACUGCCCUAACGUUGGUGAAUAAAGGCUUUAAAGUUGGAGUGCUAGAUAUAGAUUUGACUGGUCCUUCUCUACCUAGAAUGUUUGGCUUGGAGAACAAACAAGUAUUUCAGGCAAGUAAUGGUUGGGUUCCAGUCUACAUUGACAGCUCAAAGAGACUAAGUAUCAUGUCCUUGGGAUUCUUGUUGAACAAUCGUGGUAAUAGUGUUGUAUGGAGAGGUCCAAAAAAGACUGCAAUGAUUAAGCAAUUUAUUAAAGAUGUUUAUUGGGGUGACUUGGAUUACCUAUUGAUUGAUACUCCACCGGGAACAAGUGAUGAGCAUAUUAGUAUUGCUGAAGAGUUGAAAUUUGCCAAUCCAGAUGGUGCCAUUAUCGUUACAACUCCACAAAAUGUUGCCACUUCUGACGUUAAGAAAGAGAUAAACUUUUGUAAGAAAGUCAACUUCAAACCACUAGGUAUAGUGGAGAACAUGUCUGGCUUUAUAUGUCCUCAUUGUGAAGAAUGUACAAACAUUUUCAGCUCUGGAGGUGGGAAGUUAUUAAGCGAGCAAUUCCAUAUUCCAUACCUCGGGAACGUUCCAAUUGAUCCUACAUUUGUUGAACUAAUUGAAGAACAAAGAGUUAGCGAAAAGACAUUGAUUGAUUUAUAUGAAAAUGCAAAUUUGAAACCUAUUUUUGAUGAAAUAAUUCAAAAAGUUUUAGAUCAAAACAUCCCUUCAAGGACUGACGUUAUCGCCUGA